GCGGGGAGGGCGGGAGGGGCUCGGUGUCUGCGGGCCUCCGGGCGCACUGCCGCCGCGAUCCCGGAGCGCUGAGGGCGAGCGGGCCGGCGUGGCUGCAGAGCCGAGGGCGGGCGGCAGGGCCCGGAACCAAGGCGGCGCGGCCUGUGGUGCGCGUCGGACGGCGGGGAGCGGCCUCACCACGGGCGGGCGGGCGCGCGCUCGGGCCUAGGUCCCGCGGACAUGUCCGGCUGCGGCGCUUGUACCUGCGGCGCGGCGGCCGCGCGGCUGCUCUCCUCCGCGCUCGCCUCGGCGAACCGAGGUAUUUCUUGUGGCCGUAUCCCUAUACCAGUUUUAGGAAGAUUUGGGACCUUUGAAACUCAGGUUCUACGAAGAGCUCCCUUUAGAACCUUUACAGAAACACCAGCUUACUUUGCCUCAAAAGAUGGAAUAAAUAAAGACGGCUCAGGAGAUGGAAACAAGAAAUCAGUGAGUGAGGGGAACAGCAAGAAGUCCGGCUCUGGGAACUCUGGGAAAGGCGGGAACCAGCUGCGCUGUCCUAAAUGUGGCGACUUGUGCACCCACGUCGAGACCUUUGUGUCAUCCACCCGUUUCGUGAAGUGUGAAAAGUGCCACCAUUUCUUUGUUGUGCUGUCUGAAGCAGACUCAAAGAGAAGCAUAGUCAGAGAGCCCGAGUCCGCCGCAGAAGCUGUGAAGUUGGCGUUCCAGCAGAAACCACCUCCUCCCCCCAAGAAGAUUUAUAACUACCUGGACAAAUACGUCGUUGGCCAGUCAUUUGCUAAGAAGGUGCUCUCAGUCGCUGUGUACAAUCACUAUAAGAGAAUAUACAACAACAUCCCAGCUAACAUGAGGCAACAAGCAGAGGUUGAGAAGCCGACAUCGUUAACACCAAGAGAGUUAGAAAUAAGAAGACGGGAGGACGAGUACAGAUUUACAAAAUUGCUCCAGAUUGCAGGGAUCGGCCCCCACGGCAACGCACUAGGAGCGACCAUGCAGCAACAAGCACACCAGCAGACACCUCAGGAAAAACGGGGGGGUGAAGUUCUGGACUCUUCCCACGAUGACAUCAAACUUGAAAAGAGCAAUAUUUUGCUGCUUGGACCAACUGGAUCAGGUAAAACUCUGCUGGCACAAACUCUAGCCAAAUGCCUCGAUGUCCCUUUCGCUAUCUGCGACUGCACGACUUUGACCCAGGCCGGGUACGUAGGCGAGGACAUUGAGUCUGUGAUUGCCAAACUGCUCCAAGACGCCAACUACAACGUGGAGAAAGCACAGCAAGGAAUUGUCUUUCUGGAUGAAGUAGAUAAGAUUGGCAGUGUGCCAGGCAUCCAUCAGUUACGGGAUGUAGGUGGAGAAGGCGUUCAGCAAGGCUUACUGAAACUAUUAGAAGGCACAAUAGUCAACGUCCCAGAAAAGAAUUCUCGCAAACUACGUGGAGAAACGGUACAAGUUGACACAACGAAUGUCCUUUUUGUUGCAUCUGGUGCUUUCAGUGGUCUAGACAGAAUCAUCAGCAGGAGGAAAAAUGAGAAGUAUCUUGGGUUCGGAGCCCCGUCUAACCUGGGGAAAGGCAGACGGGCUGCGGCUGCUGCCGAUCUCGCCAAUCGCAGUGGAGAGUCAAAUACUCAGCAAGACAUUGAGGAGAAAGACAGGCUGCUACGCCACGUGGAAGCCAGAGACCUCAUUGAGUUCGGCAUGAUCCCUGAGUUUGUGGGCCGCCUGCCCGUGGUGGUGCCUCUGCACAGUCUGGACGAGAAGACGCUUGUCCAGAUACUGACCGAGCCACGAAACGCUGUGAUUCCGCAGUACCAGGCCUUGUUUAGCAUGGAUAAGUGUGAGCUGAAUGUCACCGAGGAUGCUCUAAAGGCCAUUGCCAGGUUGGCACUAGAACGAAAAACUGGAGCCCGCGGCCUUCGUUCCAUAAUGGAAAAGCUGUUACUAGAACCAAUGUUCGAAGUCCCUAACUCUGACAUUGUGUGCGUGGAGGUUGACAAAGAAGUCGUAGAAGGAAAAAAGGAACCAGGAUACAUCCGACCAUCAAUAUUGUCCUCUUUGUAGAGAAGCUUGGAGUGGCUUCUGAAUAAACGGCAGGAAUGCACUGGGUGACAUUUUAGUCUCGACAGUGUACAGCUGCCUUUGGGAGUUGUUAACAGAGCUGAAUCGGUGUUGUUAAAGCACACAGAGGAGUACAGCCCCGAUCUGCCUCUCGGAGCUCAUGUAUGGGCACUUGAAUAAACAAGAGGACUGAACAGGAGCCGGGUGGCCUGUCCGUGCACACUGUGACUUGUAGAAGGACACAGGCGCCAGGAGCUGCUCCUUCUGGUGACAGACUGGUCCUGGGCACUUCAGCUCCCUGCCAUCAGCUCUCGUGGUGGGACCUGCAUGCUGUGCUCUGUGCCAGGGCAGCCUUGACCCCUGGCCCACACAGCCCUGGAUGAAGAAUUGUGUAUGUGUCUGUGGGGGGGAGUUGACCUGGAGCAGUGAAAACCCAGAUAAAAACUAAAUAAAUUGGAGGAGCCCCCUUUAAAAAAACUUUAUUCACUGGUAGAUUCUACAAUAAAAAAAGUGUUUGUAAACA